AUGAACGAAAUUCUCAUUAAAAUAGAUUCGAACGAUGAGAAAAGAGAGGACUCGCACUUUUGCAGCUUAUUACAUAUGCUUUGCACUCCCCCAGAAACAUUCGAGACUGUUCCGGUGUGCCUCAACGAGACUCCCAGGAAAGUAUUCAGAUAUGGUGACGAGGCACCAUGCCAUUUUACUAUCAGAGAUGAAUUGGAGCGAAGUCAAUAUGCAAACUUUUCAGCAUUGUAUAAAAGCAUGGAAGAAUUUCUUCUUCGCCAUGCACGACGUAGAUACAAGCAUAAGCGUCGUCAUUGUAAUGGCGGCAUUUCCAAAGCCAGUAUGAACGAAAGCGAAAGCGAAAGAGAAAUGGCAGGUACUUCAGUGAGGAUUAACGUAAUCAGCAAUGAUCUCGAGCCUUCCGUGGGCAGAUUCAACUUUGUUGGUGUUGGAGAUGAUAUCGGCCAAAUGAUCGCUGCGCAGAGGCAACGAGAACAGCCAACAUCAAAGGCUUCAUCGGUUUCUCAGAGAUCGGGCAAAGGGUUUUGGUAUUCUCGUAAAACGCCUCGUAUUUAUCCAACAGUCGUUGUAGCGGAGUUCAUCAAGAAUCGUGACAAGGAAAAGGACUGCAAUGAAAAUAUCAAUAUCCAUAAGCUGACGAAGACCAUAAUCAUCUGCAAUGUGAGAGUUCAGCAUUUUUACCAGUGA